GCCCCCGGGGCCAGCAUGUGGGAACCGGCGGACUUCGAGCGCCACUGGAAGGCCGAGUUCCCCGGGGAGCCGGUGCCCACCAUGCAGCUGGACUCGGUGCCGGCCAUGCAGCGGGAGCUGGAGCGCUGCAGGCUCAACCUGAAGCGACUGCAACAGGUGCUGGCCGAGGAGAAGUUCAAAGUCAUCUACCUGCAGACGGCCCUGGCCCGGGAGAAGCGGGGCUACGACUGCGGCCGCUGGGGGGGCUGCGGCGGCGGCGGCGGGGAGGACAGCCCCGGCCCCGCCGAGGAGGGUGAGGAGAAGCAGGCGGCGGCGGACCGGCCGGAGGCCCCCCAGCCCCUGCCCCCGCCCGGGCCGGAGCCCCCCGCGGCGGACAGCGGCCCAGGCCGGCCCGCCGCAGGCUCCCCGGCCAAGUCUCCGCACUAUGUCAACCUGGAGUUCCCUGCGUGGCUGGGGGCGCCCGGGGAAGGGGGCGCCGUGCGGAGCUUGACCGCCGCCAUCCACCGGCAGCUGCAGCAGCCGGAGCUGCUCCUGAGGCCCCGGGAGGACUCCGGGCCCGGGCCCGGGGAUGCCGAGCGGUCGGAGGAGCCCGAGCCGCCGCGCGCCCUCGGGGAUGCCCGGCGGCCGGAGGAGCCCGAGCCGCUGUCCCCAGCCGCGGCCCCUGGCGGCGCCAGCCCGGAGGGCAGCGAGGAGCUGUCCCCCGCGGCGCCCGAGGACGCGGAGCCCCAGGCCCCAGGCGCCGCCGACGAGGGCGGGGACAGCAGCGACCACGACUUCGAGGUGGUGGAUCUGAACGAGAAAUUCGUCCUGGGUCACCUGCUCCUUGCCCCCUGCCGCUUCCUGCCCCGCGAGGACGCGCCGGAGAAGCCCCUCCGGGCGGGCAGCCCCCACCGCUGGCUGCACCUGAUCGGGGGCAAGCGGCACCGGCGCAGCCGGGACCUGGAGCAGCUGGAAGCGGAGGGCAGGGACGGCCGGUACUCGCCCCUGCCCCCGGAGGACCCCCACUCCCGAGGGGCUCGGGAGCAUCUCCCGCCCUGGAGGCGCAAGAGGUUCCUGGGGGUGCCGGGCCGAGACUCGCCGGGCCACAGCUCCCCGGAGAGGGGCAGCGACUGCAGCUACAACAGCUCGGACCACGAGGAUGUUUCCUCUGCAGACUUCAGCUACGGGGCCGACGACUACGACGGGGAGGGGAAUGAGGAGCAGAAGGUGCCACCCGAGGGCUCGGAGACCAUGCCAUACAUUGACGAGUCGCCAACCAUGUCCCCUCAGCUCAGCGCCCGGAGCCAGGGUGGUGGGGACGGCAUCUCGCCCACUCCCCCAGAAGGUUUGGGACCUGUGGUAGAGGCGGGGAAAGGCCUGGAAAUGAGGAAGCUGGUCCUCUCAGGAUUCCUGGCCAGCGAAGAGAUCUAUAUCAAUCAGCUGGAAGCACUUCUGCUGCCCAUGAAGCCCCUAAAGGCCACAGCUACCACCUCCCAGCCUGUGCUCACCAUCCAGCAGAUCGAGACCAUUUUCUACAAGAUCCAGGACAUCUAUGAGAUCCACAAGGAAUUCUAUGACAACCUCUGCCCCAAGGUGCAGCAGUGGGACAGCCAGGUCACCUUGGGCCACCUCUUCCAGAAGCUGGCCAGUCAGCUAGGCGUGUACAAAGCCUUUGUGGAUAACUACAAGAUCGCUCUGGAGACUGCUGAGAAAUGCAGCCAGUCCAACAACCAGUUCCAGAAGAUCUCUGAGGAGCUCAAAGUCAAAGCCCCCAAGGACUCCAAGGACAGCCACACAUCUAUCACCAUGGAAGCACUGCUUUACAAGCCCAUUGACCGUGUCACGCGGAGCACCCUCGUCCUCCAUGACCUCCUCAAGCACACCCCAGUGGACCAUCCAGACUACCCAUUACUCCAGGAUGCCCUGCGCAUCUCCCAGAACUUCCUGUCCAGCAUCAAUGAGGAUAUUGACCCCCGCCGGACCGCAGUCACUACUCCCAAGGGAGAGACCCGGCAGCUGGUGAAGGAUGGGUUCCUCGUGGAGAUGGCUGAGAGUUCAAGGAAGCUUCGACAUGUUUUCCUCUUCACAGACGUCCUGCUGUGUGCCAAGCUGAAGAAGACAUCCGUGGGGAAACACCAGCAGUAUGACUGCAAGUGGUAUAUCCCACUGGCAGACCUGGUUUUCCCAUCCCCGGAGGAGUCAGAACCCAGCCCCCAAGUGCACCCCUUCCCAGACCAUGAACUGGAGGACAUGAAGAUGAAGAUCUCAGCUCUCAAGAGUGAAAUCCAGAAGGAGAGAGCCGGCAAAGGUCAGAGUCGAGCUAUUGAGAGGUUAAAGAAGAAAAUGUUUGAGAAUGAAUUCUUACUGCUGCUGAAUUCCCCAACAAUCCCCUUCCGGAUCCAUAACCGCAAUGGAAAGAGCUACCUGUUCCUCCUGUCUUCAGACUAUGAGAGGUCGGAGUGGAGAGAAGCGAUUCAGAAACUACAGAAGAAGGAUCUCCAGGCAUUUGUCUUGAGUUCCGUGGAGCUCCAGGUCCUCACAGGGUCCUGUUUCAAACUACGAACUGUUCAUAAUAUUCCCGUCACCAGCAAUAAAGAUGAUGAUGAGGCUCCGGGGCUCUACGGCUUCCUGCACGUCAUCGUCCACUCUGCCAAGGGCUUUAAGCAGUCGGCCAAUUUGUACUGUACGUUAGAGGUGGACUCGUUCGGCUAUUUUGUCAGCAAAGCAAAAACCAGGGUAUUUCGGGACACAACGGAGCCCCAGUGGAAUGAGGAGUUUGAGAUCGAGCUGGAGGGCUCUCAGUCCUUGCGCAUCCUCUGCUAUGAGAAAUGCUAUGACAAGACCAAGGUCAACAAGGACAACAACGAGAUCGUCGACAAGAUCAUGGGCAAAGGACAGAUUCAGCUGGACCCACAGACUGUGCAGACAAAGAACUGGCACAUGGAUGUGAUCGAGAUGAACGGGAUCAAGGUGGAGUUCUCCAUGAAAUUCACCAGCCGGGACAUGAGCCUGAAGAGGACCCCAUCUAAAAAGCAGACAGGAGUGUUUGGGGUGAAGAUCAGCGUUGUGACAAAGCGAGAGCGCUCCAAGGUACCCUACAUCGUCCGUCAGUGUGUGGAGGAGGUGGAGAAAAGAGGCAUUGAGGAAAUCGGAAUCUACCGGAUUUCGGGGGUGGCCACUGACAUCCAGGCACUGAAGGCUGUCUUUGAUGCCAACAACAAGGAUGUGUUGGUGAUGUUGAGUGACAUGGACAUCAAUGCCAUCGCAGGGACCUUGAAGCUUUACUUCCGGGAGCUUCCAGAGCCCCUCCUCACAGACAGACUCUACCCAGCCUUCAUGGAGGGCAUCGCCCUCUCAGAUCCUGCUGCCAAGGAAAACUGUAUGAUGCACCUUCUCCGAACUCUGCCCGACCCCAACCUCAUCACUUUCCUCUUCUUGCUAGAACACUUGAAAAGGGUUGCUGAAAAGGAGCCCAUCAACAAAAUGUCCCUUCACAAUCUAGCCACGGUGUUUGGCCCAACAUUACUGAGACCGUCUGAGGUGGAGAGCAAAGGACACCUGACCUCAGCCUCGGACAUCUGGUCUCACGAUGUCAUGGCACAGGUCCAGGUCCUUCUCUACUACCUGCAGCACCCCCCCAUCUCCUUCGCAGAACUAAAGCGGAACACACUGUACUUCUCCACGGACGUUUAGCGCAGGCAUGGGCGGCGUGGGCUCCACCAGCCCCUUCCAGCUUGGCCCCGGGGCUCAGCACAGACUUGAAAAACCUAUUGACCGACCACCCCACAAAACUGAGAUGGAGCAAAGCAGAUGACAAGGGAAGCGGGUUUCCGAGAACUGGAAUGUGCGCGCCCCCCUCCUGCGCCCCCAUCGCCCUGCCGUGCUCCGUCCCUGCCCCUCUGUAUUUCCGCUCAUGUCUGAUGCCCCGUUGGUGUGCAGGAAUUGUCCUAUGUCUUUGUCACAAAGAAAACACCAUGGCCUCCUUAGGCUGGGGACCCGGACAGCCUGCUCUGUGGUUUUCUUUUCAUUCCUUCUGAGGCUCACUGCAAAGGGUUUUCAUUUGCUGUGUGCGACUCCUGCCAAGCUGCCCUCUCCUGAUGCUGCUCCCAGAAGCCCCUGCUCUCUGCCUCCUGCACCGACUCCCACCCCUCACCCCUGCAUGUGAAGCCCCAGCCCGGGGGCCUUUCGUCUGGGAGAGCUCUUGGAGGUGCCGGGGCCUGCUUCGCCUUGACACCAGCAAGGAUGUGGACCCCAGGAUGGGGCUGUGCUAACCCCCUGGGCUCAACACGGGCCCAGAAACCACUCUUGAGAGCUGCCGCCUGAGCAGCUCUGUUCUGGGGAGUGGGUCCUUGAGGCUCUUGUUCCCUUUCCUGCUUUAUAGCCCUGUCUCUGGGAGGGUUUGUCACCUGGUUUUUCUUCCCCUGCUUUUCACUUCCUCCCUGGUAGUCAAUUCCUUUGUGUGCAGACUUAUGUUGGGUGACCUGCUGUCUGGCCAGAGGGUUUAGGGAACUCUUCGCUCACAUGGGUGUACGUGACUGUAGGCAUGUCAUUUCCCUGUUACUCAGUUUCCUCAUCUACCAAAUGUAGGUCUUGGGCUGGAAGACCUUAAGGCUCCUUUCUCUCCUCUAAGUCUCUGAUCCUGAGGAAACAGAAGAGUUUGGGGCUACUUCACCCCAUUGUGUGUUCACAGGUUGAAAAGUGAGAGGUGCCGAGAUAGCCGUGGGGUCCCUGAGAAAGGUGGGGCGGGAAGGUGGCUCUGUGAGGGAGGGACAAACGACUACUGUCCUGUGGGGGCGACAAACAGGACUGAACCUUUGGCGGGUAGGAGAGCUCAGCUCUUGGCACCUCCGUUGUACCUCGUCAGUACCUUUGCCUUAGACCUGUGUGCUCCGCAGCCAGGCACUGCCACGGGGUAGCCCCUUCUGCCCUCGGGAAGAUCCAGUCGGAUCUCGGAAGUCCCCUUCGCCCCAUACCCCAGCCAAUUACAGUACUGACUGCCCCUCCCCUCCUGCCCAGCCUGAGGCCUAGGCACAUUAGCUACAGCAGGCCUCUAUGGUGCUGCCCAUUCAAAUCCUGCUUUCUCCUGCCUGCCUGACUUCUGGCAGUGACCUUCCCACCCAGCUCCAGGAAGGGGGGUGGAGAAAGUGAGUGAUUGUGGCUGAGACCAGCUACCUGGUGCUGGGAAGAGGGGAGAAGUCCCCAAGGCUGUGCCCCUGGGCUUUGGACUUUUCCAUCCACACAAUGCCACAAGAGAGGCAGCUUGUACACCCUGUGUCUGAGUGCAUUUGAAAGAAGACCACCAUCAGCUUAUUCCUGGCCUCUUAGAUUCAGAGACCACCCUUGCCUGGCUGGCAGUCAGGCCAACUCUCAAUCCAGGGCCCAUGGAAGAUGCCAUCCCGCGAGAUGCAGCCUCUCCGGCGAGAAGCGAUGCUCUCCCUUGCCCAGGAACUGGACGUGGCCAUGUCAGGGAAAGCAAAAUGGUGACAGGAGAGGGAGACCCACUGGCAGCAGAGGUACCAGGAUACCAGGUGAAAAGAGGGAAACCCCCAGGUCUAAGGGCCCCCACUGAUGUCAAAGUCAGCCUCCUGUACAUUGGACCCUUUCUUUGGCUUCCAAAUGAAGUCACAGGGCUGGAGGGAAAACCUGGCUGGGGCUGGCAGCAGCGGAAGGUGAGUCCUCGUGCCCAAGGCCCUGCCCCACCCCCCCCAAGCCAGUGGGAGAAGAGAAGCAACUUCUGGCUGCUUAGGCAGUCAGCUGCUGCCACCUGGAGAUGUGUGUAGGAGAAGAGGAGAGGCUGAGGAGAAGGUAAAGAGGACAAAUAUUUAUAUAUCUCAGAAACUACAAUGGGAAGAAAGGAUAGGUACUAAGGCAGGACAGAGAUGUACAAGAGCGAUCCUGUGGUUUCUCAAGUUAGGGACUUGACUACGCAGCACAGGCCCCGGCCACGGGAGCCUGUUGUACGGCACAAGUGGUGUUACCAACGGGUGCCCAGAAGACGGGCUGCAGGUAUUCCUCCCCCUCCAUGUCGCCUUGCCCUCUUCCAUGCAGGGGGAUUGGGAGAGUUCUGCAGAUACAGAUAGGAUAGGACUGUUCAUUAAUAAUUUGACUUUAAUAAGUUGUUAAGGAUAUAUUUUUUUGUCUGUGUUGUUUCAAUUAUGUAGAUUAUUAUAAAUGGAUGUAAACCAUGUGAAAGGGAAAUGUUAAUAAAAAUGCAAAGCCCCGACGUUUGCACA